AUGGUGGUAAACAAUGAUGUACAACAACAACCGAGUGCACCUUCAAGUGCAAGUUUAGUUGGGGUUCCAAAUAAUAAUAAUGGACAACAACAACCAACUCCAGAGCAAAUACAACAAUAUUUACAAAACGAUCCAAAUUACCAACAGUAUUUAUUAUUCAUGCAGAAUCAACAAUUACAACAACAACAACAACAAAUGCAUCAACCACCACCUGUACAACAAUUCUAUCAGCCACCACCACAUCCACAACCUGGAAUGCAAACAAUGCCAGGAAUGCAACCAUCUCCACCACCCCAACAUUUUUAUCAACCACCACCACUACCUGUAGGAGCACCAAUGCCAGGACAACUAGGAAUGGCAGGUCCCAUGCCUGUUUUCUAUCAACCACCAGUAGUAAUCAAUUCAUCGCCAUUCGAUAAUGGACCUACCAUCGAGCAAAGAACCGAACUUUCAAAGCAUACAUCUGAGCAUGUCCGUAUAGUAAAUCAGACUGGUCGUACCAUUUUCAUUGCAUAUUGUCGAUAUAAAGGUACCACCGUAGUAACACUUAACAAUGGAAACACCGAGAAGAUAGGUGUCAAUGAUAUAACAGAGAAACUGGAAAUAACCAUCGGUAUUCCCAUUGAUCCACACAACAUUCACGGACUAUGUAACAUAGUAAUGGAAAGACAAAGAAUAAGGCAAGGUUCCGUUGUAACUGUAGUUAAUCCAACACCAAUUACACAGGUAACAGAUUUCACAGCAAGAUACUCAACAAAAAAGAAAAAAAAGUGGAUGGCAAAAGAAAUAGAAUCACUCUUGAAAUUCGAAGAUGACGUAUUAGUUGAUUAUAUAUAUGGUUUAUUAGAAGGUGAAUCUCCGGAUCCAAAGAUUAUUCAGAUCAAUAUCACUGGAUUCUUGGCGGAUGAUACCGAGAAGUUCAUGGAUAAGCUUUGGAGUCUGUUGCUGGAAGCACAGACCACAGAGAUUGGUGUCCCCGAGGAGUUUUUGAAGGAUCUACAGGUGAUGUCUGAGCAGAUCGCUGCAGAGGAGAACAGAAUCAAAGAGGGUCUUGAAAGAGCGAAACAAAAGAUGGGUAACAUGAGUAGAGUCGAUGGCAAUCAACAUCUACCACCAACAACAGCUACCACUACCAACUAUGGAUUGAGUUCAAAGAGGAGAGAAACAGAGGAUUCGAUUGGUGCUGACAACUCACAGCAACAACGAGAUAGAAAAUAUAGAAGAUUCGAUGUCUCUGAGAAACCUGCAUCAUCAUCAUCAUCAUCGUCAUCAGAUGAUACUACUUCUCAAGCUCAAAAUGUGACAAAUAUUAAAGAUGAAAAUGGAAAUGGUGGUGAUAACAAUAAUAGUAAUAGUAAUGGUGAUGGUGGUGAGAAAGAAAAAGAAAGAGAUGACAGAGAUUUGAGAAGAGAUCGUAGUGAAAGAGAAAGAGACAGAGAAAGAGAUAGAGAAAAAGAAAGAGAAAGGGAAAGAGAAAGAGAAAGAGACAGAGAUAGAGAUAGAGAUAGAUAUAGAGAUAGAGAUUAUGAAAGAGAUAGAUAUCGUGAUAGAUACGAUAGUGGUAGUAGAAGAGAUAGAUAUCACGAUGACUACGAUAGAGAUAGAAGAGCACGUGAUAGAAGUAGAAGUAGAGAUAGAGGCGAUAGAAGAGACAGAAGUAGAAGCAGAGAUAGAUAUAGAGAUAGAGAUUAUGAUCGUGAUCGCGAUCGUGACUAUGAAAGAGACAGAGACAGAGAUAGAGAUAGAGACUAUCGAAGAAGUAGCAGAGAUAGAGAUAGAGAUAGAGAUAGAAGCAGAGACAGAAGCAGAGAUAGAUACGAUAGAGAUAGAGAUAGAAGAUAA